GGCCCGCGGCGUUUUCGGUUUCCACGUCUCCUUCCCAGGCCUCUCCCACUUCCUUUCGCACCGGUCCCCGCCCGGCCGCCAAGUCCGGGGGUCGAAUGUCCUGGGGGGCCUGGUCCUCCCCCCGCCCACCCCCGGGACCAAAAGGAGGCGAAUUCCUGUGGGUCCCAGAAGUGCCAAGAGUGCGCAGCAAGACGGGAAAUUGCAAAAGUCCUCGCCCUCCCUGUGGUUUCCCGUAACUCCCGCCCCUCGGGCUCACCCCGCAGCUGAUUCAUAGCCCGGGCGCGGGGCCGCCUCCCCACAGGCGGCGACACCACCGACGGCCGCACCGCCACCUCGCGCCGCUGAGGACUGGGCGGGCUCGGGGAGCCCUGCGCCCGCGGGGAAGCCAGAACCUAUGGCUCUCUUUGGAGUCUUUCAGGCAGCACUCCUCUUGGCGUUGCUGUCCUUGAGAACUUACCAGAGUGAAGUCUUGUCAGAACUUUUACCAUUGACUCCGGAGUCACUGGAAGUUUCCAUCAAUUCUACACAGCAACGUUUGUAUUUACAAUGGCGUGUCCACAACCUUACUUAUCAUCAGGAAUUAAAAAUGGUUUUUCAGAUAGAGAUCAGCAGAAUUGAAACAUCCAAUGUCAUCUGGGUGGAGAAUUAUAGCACCCCUGUGAAGUGGGACCAAGUUCUGCACUGGAGCUGGGAAUCCAAGCUCCCUUUGGAAUGUGCGACACACUUUGUGAGAAUAAGGAGUGUGGUGGAUGAUGCCAGCAUCCCUGAGCUUGGGCUCUGGAGCAACUGGAGCUCAUGGGAGGAGGUCGAUGUACAGAAGUCGCUUGGACAGGGCUCAUUGUUCAUUUUCCCUAAAGAUAAGCUGGUGGAAGAAGGCUCCAAUGUCACCAUUUGUUACAUUUCUAGGAGCCCUGAGAAUAACAUAUCCUGUCAUCUGGAAGGUGUACCCAUACAUGGAGAACAACUCAAUCCAAAUGUGUCUACAUUCAGCUUCAAUAAUGUUCCUUUCAUUAGGGUUACUGGGACAAACUUCUAUUGUAUAAUGAACAAACAUGAAACAAGUGGCACCAUUCUGUAUGUCUCGAAAGUACUUGAGGAGCCCAAGGACUUUUCUUGUGAAACCCAGGACCUCAAGACUUUGAACUGUACUUGGAAUCCUGGGCAUGACACUGCCUUGAUUGGAUUUCCUUCCCAACGCUACACUUUAUUUGAAUCAUUUUCCAGGAAAAAGAAACUUUGUGCACGCAAAAACUGGUGUGAUUGGCAAGUAGCUCCGGACUCACAAGAAACAUAUAACUUCACACUCAUAGCUGAAAACAACUUAAGAAGGAGAAGUGUCAAUGUUUUUUUUAACCUGACCCAUCGAGUUCACCCAAUGAAGCCCUUUAAAGUAGUUCUUAAAAGUAUAAGUGCCACAAAUGCCACCAUGACCUGGAAGGUACACCCUGUUGGGAAUUAUUCCACAUUAUUGUGUCAGGUUGAACUCCACGGUGGAGGAAAAGUGAUACAACAGCACAAUGUCUCCAUCACGACGAAUGGUCAGUACUUCUUAAGUGAACUGGAGCCCAUCACACAGUAUGUGACCCGAGUACGCUGUGCUGCGGCUCAGCACUUCUGGAAAUGGAGUCAAUGGACUCGUCAAAGCUUCACCACGCUGGAAGCUGCUCCCUCUGAGGCUCCUGAUAUCUGGAGAAAUGUGAAGUCAAUGCUGGGAUCUCGUACUGUAACUUUGUUCUGGAAGCCACUAUCAAAAUCGCAAGCCCAUGGGAAGAUCCUGUUUUAUAAUGUAGUUAUAGAAAAUCUAGACAAAUCAUCCAGUGUAAAGCUCCUCUCCAUUCCUGCUCCCGCCAAUGGCACAGAACUCACCCUUGACCAAAAGUGUUCUUACCAAAUCCACGUCACAGCUAAUAACAGUGCAGGCACUUCCCCUGCUUCUGUAAUUGGCAUCUCUAGAGACUCUGGAAACAAAAAGGUGGAAGAAAGAAGAAUUCAAGGCACAGAGGAUGGAUUCUCUUUGUCUUGGAAACCCCAAUCUGGAGAUGUCAUAGGCUACGUUGUGGACUGGUGUGACUAUCCCCAGGAUCCAAGCUGUCCUCUCCAGUGGAAAAACCUGGGCCCCAAUACCACAAGCACAGUCAUUCGCUCAGAUGCUUUUAGACCAGGGGUCCGAUACAACUUCAGGAUUUAUGAAAUUUCUACAGAAAGGAUCGCUUAUUUAUUAGAGAAAAAAACAGGAUACUCCCAGGAACUGGCUCCUUCCAACAACCCUCAAGUGACCAUCAGUAACUUGACAUCGCACUCCUUCAUCCUGAAUUGGAAGGAUUACUCUACCGACUCCCAAUCCGGUUUUAUCCAAGGGUACUACGUCUACCUGAAGCACACGGCAGAGCAGUGCCACCCAGGAUUCGAAAAGGCGGUCCUUUCAGAUGAUUCAGUAUGUUGCAAAUAUAACAUCGACAAUGCGGAACAAAAGACGUUUGUUGUGGAAAACGUACAGCCGGAAUCCUUCUAUGAGUUUUUAGUCACUUCUUACACAAGUGUUGGCGAAGGCCUCCAUGACACUUUCACCAAGGUCACUAUUCCAGAUGAAUACUCCCACGUACUGAUCCGUAUCAUAGUCCCCAUGAUUUUCUGCCUUGUGCUCUUCAUGGUCGUGUGUUACUUAAUGAGUCAAUGGAUGAAGGACAAGUGUUAUCCUGACAUUCCAGACCCUUACAAGAGCAGUGUCCUGUCAUUAAUAAAAUACAAGGAGAGUCAUCACCCAACAAUAAUGAAAGUCAAUGAUUGCAUCCCAGAUGCUAUUGAAGUUGUAAACAAGCUGGAAGGGAGUAAGAUACAGUUCUUAGGUGCUAGGAAGUCACUCACAGAAACAGAGUUGACUAAGCCUGCCUACCUUUACGUCCUCCCAGCAGAGAACUACUCCGGCCCCAGCCCCUUCAUCUGUUUUGAGAACUUUACCUAUAACCAAGCAGCUUCUGACUCUGGUUCUUGUGGCCAUGUACCUAAACGCCCCACAACCCCACCAAGUCAGCUGGCACUAUUGACUUCAUCUGAAAAUUUACUCAAGUCCCUAGAGCAAAACUAUAUGAACUCCUUGGGAGAAAGCCCAGCUGGAGAAACUAGUUUGAAUUAUGUGUCCCAGUUGGCUUCACCCAUGUCUGGAGACAAGGACAGUCUUCCAACAAAUCCACCAGGGCCAGCACUCGGUUCCGAGUACAGAAUGCAAAUGGCUGUAACCCUGGGUCUUGCCUCACCUUCCCCGAGUGAGAACAGCAGCCUCUCGGUUACCCUUUUAGACCAAGGUGAACACUGCCGCUAAUCGUGUACCCAUUUCCUGCCUUUAUGCUACAUAGACACCAAGGGAAGUACAGCCGGCACCGUUCUACCACCAGAUGACUUGGUGCUUCAUCCCAGUGAGCUAUCACCACUGGCCGGUCUGAUUCAUAUAAGACCACUAUCUUGCUAGGUUUCAAAGUUCAGAAGCUCUGAAACUUAAUAUCCUUCCUUGGAGCAGGCUUGCUGUAGAAAUGGCGGGAUCGUGGGAACAGGCUCCCUUGCUGCGGUGUGUUCUAGGCUCACCUUCAUAACUGCCACCCUGGCACUUGACAUGGGAAUGGAUUCCCAUCCACACAGUACUGGACAGGGUGGCUAUGGUCCUACCAGGUCAGCCUUUAGCUGAGAAAUUAUUUCCAUUAAGCUUUACGCCCACGUUUACUGUAUUAAGGGUAAAGGAAGCAGACUUAAGACUUUAAUAAAGGCCACAGAAGAUGUGUCACUAGAGCAGAGAUUGUCGGUGAUAAUUUAUUCUGAAUGUAUGUAAUGAAAAGUCACAGAUGUUUGAGACCAAAACAGAUGUUAACCUCAUCCUGCAGUAAUAAGAAUUGGGAGUUCAUUGGUACCAUAAAAUUAACUCUUCUGGGGCACAGACCUUGUCUAAUAGGUAAGAUGUGAAUGAAUCAGUAAGACGCCCACAAUUGUCAUUUUAUCUAGUUUACCACAGUUAGAGUGGGUUUGGCAAGGAACUCCUGACUUAGUGUCAAGUUAAGCACACUCCUACUUAGAUACCAGGCUUCUACCAUAAUUUUUGAUGACUACCUCAGAUAGAAAAAGGAAAGUAUAUCAUUGAGUAAUUCCAUUCACAUUUUAUGGUUGCUCUCUUAUUUCAAGAACUACAACAUAUAAAUGAUCUGUUUUCAUUUAGCAUCCUUUGAACUCUACAAUAAGUUGUUUUGAAUCAAGAUAACACCCUGAUUUAUAUUCCUGUUAUGGUAAUGUGACAGAUAAAAUUAAAACACAUUGUUGGGCAUUGUCUAGAAUAAUCAAAAGCUAUCUGGAGUGGAUACAUUCUGUUUUGGCUCGGCAGCAGCUUUGUCUCCUUGAGCAUAUAUGCAAAGCACCUGGUGUAUAAUAGGUGCUCAAUACAUGUUAGUUCCUUUCUCCUCCUUCUGCCCAACCCUAAAUGUUUAUUAACCACCUUUCUAAACAAGCACAAAUGGUGGUUCCUCUUUGUUUGCUGUGGUGGACAUGACACUGCCUGUGACUUUGGUACCAAAUGCUCUGCACUGUGCCAUCAACACUAAGAAGAGAGGAAGGGCAGGACCCACACCUCAAAGUAAGGGGGCUGUCAUCUGGCCUAGACAAACCAGGACUUCUGUUCAAAAGGCCUUUCAACCUUUUCCUUACAUACAUCUAAGCCUUUUGCUAGGAAAAUUGGUUAUGAAAACCUAACAUAGUACAAACGAGUAUCUUGAUUAGUGUAAUAGUUUCAAGAAGACUUUGGGGCCAGUAUUGUCACCACUUAUCCUCUUUGUGUUCCUUUGUCAUGCAUGAUGCAAUUAUGAAUGUACACAGAAAUGUCAAUAACAGUGAUGACUGAUUUGUAAAUAGUAUCCUUCAUAUAGAUUUUCUUUGAAAAAUAAUCCAUAAAACCUUGAAGUCAUUUUUGUUGCAACAAGCCUUAAUUAAAAUAUUUUACCAGUGCA